AUGAAUUUUUUAUUAAAGGUAGCCACAGACUGUGGGGAGUUUGAUGAAGCCAUUCGGGCGUAUCAUCGCCUGAUAGAUCUUAAAGAAAAAUGGACCGAUGUAGAGGUCCUGGCAGUUCUAGUGAAGGGUGUUACAGGGGAAUACAGGGAUCCUCAGGGGAAUCCUACCAGUCAGUAUAAAACCAGGUUACUGGAACUGUUUGGUAGAAUUACAGCCAAAGUGCCAAGUAAUGGGGAGAUAUGGAGGUUGUAUGCUGAGCUGACAAACAGUUUGGAGACCCAGACUCCUGAAACACAACAAAAGGUUUUGCAGUAUCUUCAGAAAUCACAAAGAUGUCUGACACAGGAAGUAAACUGGGAGAAGUCAUUAGACAAAUGUAUGAGUGUUGGGGAGCAGUCAUUGGAACUAGCUGAUUGUGAGUUUUUGAGAUGAGAGUAGUAUAAACUAAAGUGUACCCCCUGCGUGUUUGCUUGAGAUUAAAUA